AUGGUCGAUCAUUAUGAGGGCCAAGACCAGCCCCUGAUGACGGACCCGGAGAGACGCGAGACCCCCGCCGGCAACGACGCUGGUGUUAACGACGCUGGUGGCGAAGACGCUUCUGGCAACGACGUCCCCCCCGCCAACAGCCAGAAUCAACAUCGUCAACACAGUGACAGCCAGCGCGGCCUCCGCCCCCGUACCGACCUGACCGCCGCCGGACAUCCAGACGCACCGCUUGGCGCCGCCGAUGACGACGACAACGACGGCACGCUUCAGCUGCAAGACGACAGCGAUCCGCCCACGCCGCGCUUCCUCCAAGACGAGAACGCCUGGAAGAGAUGGAGGUGGGUUCCCUACCCCGUCCGCCGCGCGCUGCGAGCCCUCGGCAAAUGGUCCGUCGGCCCUCCCAACCCGCAGCCGUACCGGAUCAAGCCCCUGUUCCCCCUGGUGCAGGAGUACCCCCUGUUCCUGGCGGACAAGCUGCUCGCCACGCCCAAGCGGCGCUUCUGGCUCCUGCUCCUCUUCUUCUCCGCGUGGAUCACGUCGUUUGUGCUCGUAAAGAGACAGGGCGAGAUGGCCACCGAGAUCGCGGGAUGGGGCCAGCCGCGGACCAUCGGGUGCGGCGCGACGUACUGGGGCUCCGGAAACACGUGCGGCGUGGACGGGAACAGCUGCAGGCCCUUUGAGGGCGGCGGCUUCGCGUUCCGCUGCCCGGCCAACUGCGCCAGCUACCAGGUCCUGAACCCGCACGCGGUCGGGGACCAGGAGGUCGUCUACCGGCCCAUCGUCGUGGGCGGGCCGCCGAGCCUCGACGCCGCGCUCGAGAACGCCACGUACCGCGGCGAUUCGUACAUUUGCGGAGCCGCCAUCCACGCCGGCGUCGUCUCCAACGCAAACGGGGGGUGCGGCGUGGUCCGGCUCGUCGGCGCGCGCCGCGGCUACCGGAGCACGCGGCGCAACGGCAUCACGAGCGUGGGCUUCGAUUCGCACUUUCCCCUGUCGUUCCAGUUCCUGCCGGGCAUCCAGUGCGGCGGCAGCGGCGGCGGCGGCGCCCAGGACGCGCGGUGGUCGCUGCUCGCCAUCUCGGUCGUCUUCACCGCCCUCCUCUCGCUCUUCACCGCGUCGCCCGCCUGGUUCUUCUUCCCCUGCUUCACCGGCAUCUUCUGGACGGUGGGCAUGGCUCUCGACCCCCCGCCGCACAGGUCCGUCGCGGCCCUGUUCUCCAACAUCUCGGGCAAGUUCCUGCCGGCCAUGUUUGUCGCCUGGGUCGUCUACGACCGGAUGGGCGUGCGGCGCGCGCUCGCCGGCCUGACGGCGCAGGUGGAAAAGACGGUGCUGUGGCUCGGCGCCUGCUGGGUCGGCGCCCUGGACAACUACACCCUGAGCUUCAUCCCGAUCCAGCGCCUCAGCGCGCACGACCUGCAGCAGCAGCCCGGCGCCAAGGCCGCCCUCGCCGCCGUCAUCGUGGUCCUGGUGGCCGCCGCCGCCGCCCAGGCGUGGUUCCUCCGCCAGGAAGCCCGCUUCGUCGGGCUCGCCAAGCUGUACGCCCUGCUGCUGCUCGGCAUCGUCGUCGCCCUCGUCCUGCCGGGCCUGCAGCUCCGGCUCCACCACUACGUCCUGGCGCUGCUCCUGCUCCCCGGGACCGGGCUGCAGACGCGGCCGUCCCUGCUGUACCAGGGCCUCCUCGUCGGCCUGCUGGUCAACGGCGUCGCCCGGUGGGGGUUCGACCCGGUGCUGCAGACGCCCGCGGCCCUGCGCGGCGACGCGCACAAGGGCACCCCGCUGCCCGUCGUGGGCGCCCCCGUCGUGGACGCGUCCAACGCCACCAUCUCGCUGACCUGGGAGAAGCCGCAGCUGGUGCAGUACGACGGCAUCAGCGUCCUCGUCAACGACGUCGAGCGCUUCAGGACCUACUUUGCCGACGCCGACGCCAGGGACGCGUUCGUGUGGUCCCGGAGCAAGACGCUCGGCCUGCCCGAGUAUUUCCGGUUUGCGUUUAUGGAUGGCAGCGAGAGCGGCGACUACACCAGGGCGGGGGUCUGGACGGCGGACGGCCAGUGGGUGGACAUGAAGCCGGGGCCGUCCAGGCGCAGGGCUGGUGGUCGGGGGCUGGACGACCUAGUUGAACGCUGA